AUGGCUGACCCAGACUCGCCUUCGAAUAAUUUAUCUUCGGUUGUUGAUCAAUCGCAUAUUUCAUCAGAUCAACAGCAACAAGAAUCAACAACAAAUAAUGAUUGGCCAUGGCCAACUGAUGAACAGCAGCAACAGAAUGCAAUGGAUUCAAGCGGUUUAAUGCAUUUAAUUGCGACUGGUGCUGGUGCAAAUGUCAAUGAAAAUACUAAUGAUGAAUCACUUGUGAAUAUUCCCAAUGAUGAACAAACAUCUGUACAAUUACCCGAUGAUCAUUUAUCAGAUGAUCAUCAACAAUUACCUCAUAUGUCAUCCUCAUCCAAUACACUUCCGAUGGACACAGAACAACAAACAACAAUGAAUGAUGAUCAACAACAACUAAAACCACAAGCACAAGCAAAUAAAAGUGCACAUGAUAUUGCAGAAAUUCAUCGAGAGAUGUUAAUUCUUAUUCCUAUACCACAGGCCUGGCCACAUAUUCGACAUCAAUCCGGGCUUUUCUCUUAUCCUGACUUACCUCAUUUUAAUGUUAUACGACAGGCGACUUUUCGCGAAGGUCGUUUUGUUUGUCCAUUUUGUACAGUUGAUUUUGCUUCAAAAGAAGGCAUACGUUAUCAUUUAUAUAAUUCAUGCACAAAAUCACCGUAUCCAAAAGCUUUUUUUCGUUGUUUAAUGUGUGGCAGUGAAUUAGCUGAUCGUAGUUCAUUGCGGACACAUUUAGCACGACAUGGUGCUGAAGACGGCGGUGCUGUAUCUACAGAUAAAAUUGAUGUAUCACGUAAACCAGCUAUUGCAACAACAUCUGGCGGAGGAUCAAAUUCAAAAAAAUCUAAAAAGAAAAAGAAAGCAUCAAAUGAUGCAACCCAACCACAAAUGAUAAAUCCAAUGAUUGCUAUGACAUCAGGUGUAUCACCACGUGGUAUAGAUACGUAUAAUAUUCCACCGACUAUGGUUAAUCAACAAAUGUCUUUACCUAUAAUUAAAUCAGAUUUAAAUGAUUCAGAUCCGAAACGUAAACGUGGUCGUCCACCCAAAACUAAAUCUGAUGGAGCAACAACACCUGUAGCUCCUUAUACAAAACAUACACAAAUAAAUCCUGGAUUAUCAUUAACUCCAACAAUGAAUAAUCAAGUUAUAUUGAAUGAUCAACAUAAUGAUCCACAAAAGGGUAUUGCGAUGCGAUCACCACGUGCGAUUGAUAUCAGUAGUGAAUUAGCUGAAUUAGCUCGUUCUAGAAUGAGAGAACAUAUUGAAUUUGCAACGGAUUCGUUAUUACCUGAACAAGAACAAGAAAUUAAUGGACGGUUGCGUACGGAGAGUUUCGUACUAUGUCAUCGUUGUCGUGGAAAAACACAAUUUAAUACACUUAAAAAAUUAAAAGAACAUUUAAAAACCGAUUGUCCAUUAGGUCCAGUUAUGGCAGUAUGUAAAUUUUGUGGUAUACCAUUUUCAUCGGUUAGUAGUGUUUGUGAUCAUCUUGAACUUUUUCAUGAUGAUGCACACGAUACAUGUCCAGAUGAUCCAUGUCGGCUAAAUGAUCGAGCGUUUCGUGCAGCAUUUGCACGUUAUAAAUUUCCAACCAAUGGACGCAUAUCAUUUUCUGCACCGGCAUCAACUAUUGGACAAUUGAUACCAGAAAAUGAGUCUGCAGCUUGUCUCAGUAAUGGUGCUAGUUGUUUGCGUGUUCGAAUGCUUUCAUGUGAUCGAUUUUUAAAUCCAUUGGAUAGUUUUGCUGCUUCACAUGUUAUUGUUUUGAAUGUUGGUCGUCCCAUACGUUGUGUUGAAUGGUUACCACGUCCUGUUGAUGUUAUGGGCAGUCAGUAUGUUGCAUUAGCACUUGAACAAUGGUCCUAUGAUAGUGGAAAUUAUCCGGCAAAUAAUCCUGAUCGUCGUUCGCCACCAGGCUCAACAUUACUUUUAAUUCUUAAUUGCGGACGUUUACGACAAAGUUUACAUGUACCUAAUUUACAUGUUACAGUUGCAGCUGAUUUUGGUCAAGUAACCUGUUUGAAAUGGUUACCGGAACGACCAGGAGUCAAUGAUCCAUAUUUAAGCUAUUUGGCGAUUGGCACAAGUCAAGGUAUUGUUAUUAUAUUUGGUGUUCCACAUGGUGCAUCAAGAAAUUUAUGUACAAUAAGUACUGGUGCACAACUUGUACCACCAUUGAAUCGACGUAAAGAUGGUAGUAUUGGUUGUGCUGAAUAUGGAUCUUGUACAGCAUUGGAUUGGUGUUAUGAUAAUCCUAAUAAAUUAUGUGCUGGAUAUGAAAAUGGCAUUGUUCUAAUGUGGGAAAUGAAUUCGAAAUCUCUUGUUGAACAAACAACUAAUUGUUCAUUGAUCUAUCCAGUACGAAGAUUUUUUGUAGAAGAUGCACCAAUACAAGAUGUGAAAUUCUUAAGAAAUUCUGAACAUUUAAUUGGAGUUAGUUUAAAAAAUAAACAAUCUUGGACAGUAUGGACAACUCGUGAUGAAAAUAUUUUUUGCUACCGUCAUUGGUCGAAUGCAAGUGAAUUUGCAUCAUCAACGCUUCACGAUACAUUAUACGCCGGUUGUGCACAUGCAAGUAAUCAAAAUGAAUUACUUUCUGUACCAACACAUUCAAUAUUAUUACCGGGACAAAAUGUUCCUAAUCAUGUGCCAACAUCAAUGUUAUCAGCCUGGCAAAUUGUCAGUUUAGAUUAUUCGGAAUGGAUUGAUGGUGUCGCCUAUGCUGAUCUUGAUGGUACAGUUUGGAUUGCUCGUGGUGAUUCUACGACUUGGACACAAAAUAAUCCAAAAUUUCGGCCAAGUGCAUGUAUAGCAAAACUAUCAACUUAUUUAACGAAUACUAGUGGUGCAACUACAGGCAAUUUAACAGAUCAUGUUAAUAUGCAACAAUUUAAUCAAAAUCAAACGCAAUGUGGUAUUCCAACUGGACAAUAUUGUGUGCAAAUUGCUAUUGAACGAACAGAAUACGCAAGUAAUACUGUGGAUCCUCAACAUGAUGAAACACACAAAGUACAUACAUAUCGAAAAAUACGCUUUAAUCCAAAUCCUGGUACUCAUGGUUGGAUUGCAUCGGCAGAUAAAGUCGGUUUAUUUCUUCUAUUUCGAUUAUCAACAUCCGAUUCACCUCUAUCGGAAAAACUAACUCAACGCCUUCAACGUGUGCAAGUUUUGUGA